CCGAGACUCGGUUCGUAUCCCUCCCUCCAAACUCCAAAGUAUUCAUUUUGUUUCUUUUCUUUUGCUCUUAAAAUAAAAGAAUGUCGUCAAGUUGGGACGACGACGUGGAUUUUACAGAGGAGGAGCUUCUCGCUGUCUUUGCCGCAGAAGCUUCCUAUAUCUCACACACUUCUUCUUCUUCUUCUUCCCGUACUCCGACCGUACUGCCUGCGACAUCCGGCAAUGGUCACAAGAAUCCAAAUCAAAACCCUAAUUUCCGUCACCAACUGCCUCGUUCCAUCACUUCUCCUACAGCUUACAAGCGAUUCCCACUCUCUCGUUGCAGAGCUAAGAGUUUUCCAGCGAUGAGGUUUGGUGGUAGGGUUUUGUAUAGUAAGACUGCUAGUGAGGUUGAUAAGCGAGCAAUGCAGCUUCUUAAGGUUCUUGAUACCAAGAGAGAUCAUUCUGGAAGAGCUAUUGUGGGCUUUGAUAUUGAGUGGAGACCCAGUUUUAGGAAAGGUGUUCUCCCGGGGAAGGUUGCUGUUGUUCAGAUAUGUGUAGAUAAUAAUUAUUGUGAUGUUAUGCACAUUAUCCACUCUGGCAUCCCACAUAGUCUCCAACAUCUUAUUGAGGAUCCAACACUUGUAAAGGUAGGUAUUGGAAUUGACGGUGACUCUGUGAAGCUUUUCCAUGACCAUGGAGUGUCUAUCAAAGAUGUCGAGGAUCUUUCAGAUUUAGCCAACAAGAAAAUUGGCGGAGACUCGAAGAAAUGGGGUCUCGCGUCGCUAACUGAGACACUUGUUUGCAAAGAGCUACUGAAGCCGAACAGAAUCAGGCUCGGAAACUGGGAGGUUCGUCCUCUGUCAAAGGGGCAGUUACAAUACGCAGCGACCGAUGCUUAUGCUUCAUGGCAUCUUUACCAGGUACUGAAAGAUCUUCCCGAUGCUGUCAAUUGAUCAUAACGUUAAGGACGAAGCUUGAAGGUUAAACCUAUAGCCCCUAGGAGUUUGCAUUUAAUGAUGAUUUGCAAAGGAUAGUUGAAUAUUGUAUCUACUUGCGUAUGGCAGGCUCUUUGAUUCAGACUUUGAAUAGCUUUGAGAAAUCUCUUCUCAGACUCUUUCUAUUAAUAAAUCUGAUACUAUCGAUUCAACUGAGGAAAGGAAAUGUAAUAUUCGAUUGAAGAAGAUAACAGGAUUACAACUGCAGAUUCAAUCUCAGAUCUCAUGACAAUCUGGAGGCUUAGUUCUAUACAAUUGUAAAAUCUGCAUAAGAAGCUAAUAACAGAAUGUAACUUCUUUAUAAGCAAAAUGAAUCUCCAAGCUUCAGUCUUCACUUCCCUGACUUUUCUUGAACCAAUCAUUCUGCCAGCUAGCUGCCAUGUCAGCAUCUUCUUCUCCCUUGUCAAAAUCUCAGAAAUACAGAGUCCAAAUCAAAGUAAAGCAGCAAAUGAGCCCUUGAAAGGAAAGAGUUGGAUCACCACAAGAAAAAUGCAAAUGGUAAACGCUACUUUGAAUGUUUUCAAGUUAUGAUCCACCUUGUGUUUAUUGGCCACCAUCUUAUAUGACUCACUUUCAGUCUAUGAAAAAUCAAACCCUAAGCAAUCAUAACUUUGACCAUAUUGGACACAUAACAGUUGCCAUCUGAACCUGUUCAUUUAUCCCUGACAUGGUUGCCUCAGUUUUGCUGCACAAAAACAAAGAACACUUUUUGUUCAUCUACAUUUUUUUUUUUU